GGUAUUUGCUUGUUUUUAAUUCUACUACACCAAUAGCCAAAGUAGUGGUAAAGAGGCUCUGUUUGGUUGUCAUAGAAGACUUUCUUGUUCCUGAGUCAGCAUCAGUAGGGCCAUGGAUCCAUUGGCAUGGCGCUAUAUUCAAUAAAUUUGCAUUUUUUUUGCAGUAAAUCAUGACUUUGCACUUGAAAUUGAAUGGUGGGGAUUGCCAGGACCAUCACUUUUUCUUCCCAAAGAUAAACCCAACUUUUCUCCAAGUGCAUUAUUCAAUUUUGGAUCUUAUAUACCACUAUUCCCUUGUAAUUGCCGUCUCUUUGAAUACUUAAUCCAUCCCAUCAAAUACAUCUAAAAACAAAGUAUAAUAAUCUUCUACUUUCUCUACUCUUAUAUGACCCUAUCUCUUCCCUUAGAAUACAGCUAAUCUUAAACCAUGGACUCAGAUUCUUUACUGCAGAUGAGCAAGAGGAGGAGGAGGAGCAACCAAAGAGAAGAUCAACCAGUACUUGGCAUGGAGAAUUUACCAUAUGAAAUCGUCACCGACAUAAUUUCAAGGCUGCCCUUUUCAUCUCUUGUGCAAUUCAGGUAUGUAUGCCGAGCGUGGCGCAAUUUAGCUCAAGACCAACAUAAUCUUGAAUCUCUUGAUCAUUUUCAUAACUCCAACACAGCUGAUGAGAACAGUUAUCUAUGCCUAAUCUUUCACUGUGAUUAUCCCAUCAGAAACCAUCUUUGUUUUGUAGCCUACCCUUUUGAUCAUUGUGGCAAAGAGGCACAAAUAGUGAAAAAGAUCCACACACCUUUCUGUGGUUUAAUGCCUGAGUUUGAUGUGGUAGGCUCAUGUAAUGGUUUGCUAUGCUUGUCUGAUUCUUUAUACAAUGAUGCACUUUACAUAUACAAUCCAUUCACUAGGGAUUAUAGAGAGCUGCCCAAGUCAAUUCAAUUUCCUAAUCAAGAAGUGAUUUAUGGAUUUGGGUUCCAUCCAAUUACUAAGGAAUAUAAGGUGGUUAAGAUAGUUUAUUAUAGGAAUGCAAAUAGGGGCUCAUGGCAUCGAUUUCGAGUCUAUCGUCCACAAUCAGAAGUUCAAGUUCUCACUCUGGGAAGCUCCAAUUGGAGAAGUAUAGGCAAAACAUCUCACUACCUUCAUCACUGGCCUGCACAGGUCUUGGUCAAUGGAAGGCUUCACUGGGUUACUUGGAGAAGAAGAUACCACCCGGGACGAAAGCUCAUCUCUUUUGACUUGGGAGAUGAGCAAUUCAGGGAGGUCCCAAAACCUGAGGCUGAUGGCUUAAAUAGGUGGGAUUAUCAUCUGCUGGUUGUAAGAGGCUGCCUUGCUGCAGUUUUCUAUUGCAGCUUUGGGAAAUUGGAGAUGUGGGUUAUGAAGGAGUAUGGUGUGAAGGAAGCUUGGGUCAAAGAGCUGAGCAUAGCAAGCCAUGUGCCAAAGGCAUUGAAACAAGAUGUCGAUAGAUCAUGGAAGAUUUCAAAGAUUGCUAUCAGAGGAAGAUAUGUGAGGGUUUUGUGUGUUUUGGGGAGUGGCCAGAUCUUGUUGGAGUACAAAAGCAGAGCUCUAGUUCUCUAUGACCCAAAUGGUGGAAAUUUUCAAGAUCUUGUGUUUCAGGGGAUGCCAAAAUGGUUUCAAACUGUUGUUCAUCUGGGCAGACUUAACCAAAUUCAUACCCUUGUUAAUAUGUGAAGGGUUCAAAUCAUGACUUUUAGUUUAUGCUUCUCUUUCCCUGUAAGUCUGCUGAUUGAAACAGAUCAUCUUUGUUAUUGUUCCAGUGUUUGCAUAUCGAUUUGAUUUAGGAAAUUGAAAUGUUUCCUCAAGUUGAUUUCUUAAAA